AUAGAUAUAGUCUAAUGAAACGUCAGCAUUUGUUUCCAGUUGCUACGUCCUUAUGCCUCUGUAGCCUCCUGGAACAGAAUUGAUUAGAGCAAGUGAAUUGGACAGAAAAUAUUUUUCUAUGAGUUAUAAAAUGACGCGAAAUAAUGUACAAUUUAUAUCGUCAAUGGUGAAAAUACUGUUCAGACGUGAGCAGUACACAUUUUAUUUAAAUAUUUCCAGAUCAAGGUCAUGGUGGUCACAUGUGGAGAUGGGACCUCCAGAUAUUAUUUUAGGUGUUACAGAAGCUUAUAAGAGAGAUAAUAAUCCAAAUAAAAUUAAUUUAGGCGUAGGAGCAUAUAGAGAUGACAAUGGCAAACCUCAUGUACUUCCAAGUGUCAAAAAGGCAGAAGAAAGAAUCAAAGAGAAGAAUUUCAAUAAAGAAUAUUUACCGAUAUCAGGAAGCCCAGAAUUUUGUAAACAUAGUAUUACAUUGGCAUUAGGAGAUAACAAUGAAGUUGUAAUACAGGAAUCAAAUGCAACAAUUCAAGGAAUUUCUGGUACUGGAUCUCUCUGUAUUGGAGCCAAAUUCCUGGCUCAAUUCUUUCCAGGAAACAGAGUAGUGUACAUACCAACACCAACAUGGGGAAAUCAUACUCCACUAUUUAGACAUGCUGGAUUGGAUGUAAAACAGUAUCGUUAUUUUGAUCCGAAGACUUCUGGAUUAGAUUUUAAAGGCCUAAUGGAAGAUAUAUCGAAAAUUCCAGAGAAAUCAAUUGUUAUCCUCCAUGCCUGUGCUCAUAAUCCAACUGGUGUUGAUCCAAAAUUAGAACAAUGGGAAGAAAUAUCUGCAAUGGUAAAAAAAAGAAAUCUCUUUCCAUAUUUUGAUAUGGCAUAUCAGGGAUUUGCUUCUGGUUCGACAGAUAAGGAUGCAGCUGCUGUUAGAUUGUUCCUAAAAGAUAAGAAUAAAAUUGCCUUAUCUCAAUCCUAUGCAAAGAAUAUGGGACUUUAUGGUGAACGUGUCGGAGCAUUUUCAUUAAUUACAUCUAGCAAAGCAGAAGCAGCUACUGUGAUGUCGCAACUUAAAAUUAUAAUUAGACCUAUGUAUUCUAAUCCUCCUAUUUCUGGAGCGCGAAUCGUUACUGAAAUAUUAGGAAAUUCUGAUUUAAAAGAAGAAUGGCUUCAUGAUGUUAAGGAAAUGGCUGAUCGAAUAAUUUAUAUGCGUACAACUUUACGAGAGAAUUUAGAAAAGUUAGGAAGCUCACAUAAUUGGACGCACAUUACAGAUCAGAUUGGAAUGUUCUGUUUUACAGGUCUUAAAACUCACGAGGUUGAUAAACUCACAAAAAACUAUAGCAUAUAUCUUACUAAAGAUGGAAGAAUAUCUAUAGCAGGAGUAUCAAGUAAAAACGUGGAAUAUCUUGCUAAUGCUAUUCACGAAGUUACUAAAUAACCUGCAUUUUAUUUUAUUUGAAGAAAAAUAAUUGUUCUAAGAGGAUUAAGGGCAUAGUUUACAAAUUAAUUUAAAUAUUUUAAAGAUUUUAUUUAAAUAUUUUGCCUUGUCUGCCCUUUUUAAUUUUAUAUUAUUAAUAUUAUUCCUUCCUAAUAUGUUUAUAAGUCGCGAUAAAUAUUUUCCUUGUAUAAUAUAUAAAAUAAUAGAACUUUUAUAUUACCUACAAUGAGCAUCAUUAUUGUUAUAUUUUGUAUAUCUUGAUUAUCGACUUUAUGUAUGCUGUACGUAACCAGUAUUUGCAAACAGAACAUAACGGAUUACAGCGCUAUCUACAAAUGAAAUAAAUGUAAUUGAAAUCCUUGA